CUUCAAUACAGCCUUUGGUCUUGAAUCUGUCUUGAACGCCCAUGCAGGUGCAAAAGCGCCUCCUCUAUCCUUGACAGUGGUCACUGGUGCCCUUAAAAACACCAAUUUGCACAGACCGCCUCACCUUGAACAAUGCUGCCCUGGGGAGCAGCGGCCAUGAGCAGGGCACCCAACAUCAACUGCUGCGUAGCGGCCUUCUUUCUCAUAGCUGCAUGGAGCGGUCUUCCGGUGGCGAUCGGCCGACUGGAGCUGGAGUGCGAUUUCUCCUCCGCCCUCACAGAUGUCUGCACCCUUCAGGGGGAUGUGCGAAUAGAUGUGACUUCCGGACAGAUCGUACUUUUCUCGAGGGAUCCCCAAACAGAACCAGGUGAGAUGGGGUUCCGGCCGCAUCCCAGAAAGUGGGACAAGGGGCUCAUGGAGAGCCAAGUCAGUGAGCUACCUGUGCGAGUUGUCGCUCACGAUGACCCGAGUGCUCCUCUCAUGAAGUGUUCCAGGAACAACACCGCCCCAGGAGUGGUGUUUUCGGCAGGGGGGUACUCUGGCGGCCCGUUCCAUGAUUUCAACGAGGUGUUCCUCCCACUCUUUGAGACAACGCGGGGGUAUGACCGGAACGUCGUCAUGCUGAUGUCAGAUCUAAAGGGCGAGUGGUGGUGGCGGGACAAUCCGCCCAAGCGCAGCUUCGUGGGCGCUAUGACGGAGCACGCGAUCCGGCUGAUCGGGCUGGAAAACGACACGUACAGCCGGGCUCAAGGGGUAGAGUGCUUCAGCAAUCUGACACUUGGCCUGUACCACAGUCUGUGUAUGUAUGACGAGAACGGGGGGUUCCAGAGCAGAGCGGCAUCCGGCACGAUCUUACAGGAGUUUGGCGCCUACAUGCGGAAGGGGCUUCGCGUGCCAGAACCGGAGUCGAGUCGCGUCUUCGUGCCGGCGGGGGCGACUCCCGUGGUGGGCAUCGUGCAGCGCAACACGACGCGCCAGUUCCUCAACUACGGCGAGUUGAUCCGAGCGGCGCAGGGGGAGAACUUCACGGUCGUCCCGAUCAUGUUCGAGGCUCUGAACCACCCGGAGAUGGCCCAAACGAUGGCGUCGCUCGACGUUUUGGUGGCGGUGCACGGGGCGGGGCUGAGCAACAUCUGCUUGAUGCGGCCGGGGGGGGCGGUGCUGCAGGUGAUGCCGUACGGGGAGGGGGGGUCCCGCGACGUGACGGGGAUGGAGUACAAGAACUUUGCGCAGGAGAUGGAGCUGGAGUACUACGAGUGGCGGGUGCCGGUGCAAGACAGCACGAUCCUGGAGCAGUACAACCACAGAGACGGUGUGGAAGCACCGCUCCAAGGAGGACGCCAUGUUUCUGUACCACAGCCAGGAUGUCGCCAUGCCGGCGGACCUGCUCGCGGCGUUUCUGCGUCAGAUCAGACGGACGCUCAACGCCAAAGCCGCCACUGCGAUUCGGACUGCCUAGGACUGCCCCCACACCGCUUACAACAGUUGAUCAGUUGCUACCCCCUCCAGAGCUAGCCAAACGGACGGCUACUGCCAAGCCUUCACGUGAAGUCGCCGACUUUUCAAUUAGUCAAAUCGCUCAUAGUAUCAGGACGGUCGUUGCAAACUCUUCGCUUGCAUUUUGAGUCUGUGUACGAAAAGAGUUGGGCUAUGACCACGUGUAAUAGGUAUACCAGCCACUGAAACAAACCGCAAAAACUGUACUCGAGUCUGUACCAGUCGACGGUCGACUGGUUGUUGUUAUGAG